CAUUUAAAGUUUAUCUUUGCGAUUCCAUACAAAUCAUUGGUUAAGUUUUUUCCCAAUAAUUACAUGUGAAAUCCCUGCCAAAAUGAUUCCACCACCAGUUGAAUUAAGUUUUGACGAGAUUUUGAAGUUCAUGUUGGCACAUAAUGGCAAAGUUACAAACCAUGAGUUAGUGAAACAUUUCAAAGUGUUCCUCAAAAACCCUGAUAUGAGAGAUGAAGCUAGAAACACUUUCAAAAAACAUGUCAAUACCAUUGCUGUGAUAAAAAACCAGAAUAAUGAAAAAUGGUUGAUAUUGAAGAAAAAGUAUAUGCCAGGUGACAGUAAAAUGUCAGACGAACCAAAAGAUGAUAUGAAAACUGAAGAACCCAGUGUCAGCACAAUUCAAGACGAGUCCGUUUCUAUGGAAAGCAACAUUCAACCUCCAUACCGACCCCCACCACCUGUGCAACUGAACCAAGAUUUCAACAUAUUAGCUAACAUCAUACAAGAUAGAAAUGAAGUAGUAUUAAGAAAUACUCCGAUGGACAUAACACCAACUGAGUCCAAAGACAAUUUGACUAGUCCUGUUGACGAUGUGCCUCCAAAGGUGCAUCCACGUAAAAAGUCAUUGGAUACCAAAGUUGUUACCGAGAAACGUUCCAGUAUUGGGCAGAUUGGACAGCGGUCCUCAAUACCUAAUCAGGAGAAUGUUGAAGUUGAAGAACCUUUACUGCCAACUUUGUCAUCGUCGAGGAGUGAAAGUAUGUUGGUGGAUAAUGAACAGAAGAUUUCAGUCAAGGAAAGGAAGCAGAUGUUCAAUAGGAUGGCAUCGGAGAGUGAUGUGCUGAGAUCCAAUAAGCUGGGAAGCAUGAGCCCUCAGCAGGGUGUGGACGAGGAAGAUCGAGUAUCGUUGGACCAGAAAAGCGAAACGGACCCAUUAGAUUCUAAGCAGAAGCAGUGGAUACUGUGCGCCGCCAAAGGGGAAUAUCACGCCCUAGCGAAAAUGUGCAAAGAAAACGUGAAAGUUGUGAAGACAAAGGACCCAUUUACGGUAAGUUAUUGCACGGUAAUGCAUUGAGAAAUCACAUAAUAUUAUAUUACUGACCUUAAAAUUGACGUGAAGUCGG